CGGUCACACUGUUUUGAGGCCAAACAACGAGAUUUAGAUUUUAGAACAAUAUUUUGGGAAAUUGAAACAGAUUUGAAAAGAUGAACCUACUUGACCUACCACAGACAGUUUUGAUGGACAUAUUCGAGUAUCUACCUUAUGACGAAGUGGCGAAAAAACGAGAGGUUUGCACUCACUUCAAUUACACGGGCCAGCAAGUGUUGAACCUGGGAUUCACAAAGAUUAUCUUAGAGCAUGCAAAAAUAUUCAAGCGCAUCAAGUCCAUGCUGCCGCGUCGCGAAUCGGAGCGAAGGAACCACCCCUUGUCACGGCACUCCGACAUACUCACGUCCAUUGAGACGCGAAUAUCCAUGCUGACGAUGACUUAUUCGAAGUUUAUUGACCUCAAUAUGUGCUGCUUUAUACCAGGACGAGUCCUUGACGAGAUUGGUGAGAUUUUGAGGCUGCUGCUGACCACAUCAAAGCCAUUGCGGCCGCACGAGGUGCUACAGGAGCUACGCGAUAUCUCCUCCAUGGCCAUUGAGCACUUUGAUGAAAAAAUUGCCACAGAUUUCAAGCAAGAACACAGGAAGCAGCUGGCCGAAUCCACGGGGACGCGACUCCUUGUUUGCGGACCCCUGGGGGAUAUCAGCUUUAGUGGCGUUAAACGGGAAUGCCAGCCCGUGGAUCAUGCCAUUGUCCAGCAGGCCAUAGUGCAGCUGGCUCCUCUCACUGCCGGCAACCAGCCCACUUCCAAUCGUAGUCGCCUCAACCUGCUGCUGCAGAGGCAAUACCAGCAGCAAAGGCUGCUCGCGGCUAAGGUACGCAAUCUGGAGGCGUCCCGCAAGGCACAGGAUCGCCGCUUGCAUGAGGCGACGGGCUGCAUAACAGAACUGACCACACAGGUGUCCGAGCUGAAGCGUCAGCUGGAGGAUGUGGUGGCCAACACGCCCAGUCUGGCUGCCAAACGGCAGGCAGUGACCAGCUCCGAUUGCCUGCCCCCGCUUAAGAAACCCAAGGUCUAGCCAAGAGACAAGAUCA